AUGUUGAUCCAACUCCAUCUAAUUCAUGUUCAGCUGAGUUCCGGCUACGAGUACGGUAAGCUGUCACCGAUGUCAAACUACGCGACAUCCGAUCUAGGCUCGAGCCCUCGGUCUUCGAUCAGCGUCACGUCGGCGAAUUUGGCUCCCUGGAUGGUUUUCCGUGAAAAUCACAAAAGCAGUUUUGAUCUCGACGAUGGAGCAUCAGAUGUGUGUAGUAAGGACCUUCUGUCACCGGGAAUGAUGCUCUCACCGGCACCGUACUCGCCGUUCUCAGACUGCGAAGAUACCGGGACACCAUACUCGGCCUUCGACCAAAUACGAAGCAGCAGCUCGAUGUCUGGACGCCAUAACCUUCAUGGUACCGGAAUCGCAUUCGUUGGAUUCGGAAUCCCGGUACCCGCUGCUACCUCACGACGACUCUCAUCCGUUGGGCAAUAUAAGAAGAGAUUAUUGCAAAAAUAUCAGGAAGAGCAAGAGGAGCGGCAAGCGUCAAAACAACGUAGCAGUAGCAGUCCUCCGCCGAGUACCACCGUACGUUCAUCUGAGCACUUCGACCAAAUACGAAGCAGCAGCUCGAUGUCUGGACGCCAUAACCUCAUGGUACCGGAAUCGCAUUCGUUGGAUUCGGAAUCCCGGGAACGAAGCCGAUCGGACAGCGACAUGGCACCAAAAGAGGAGCGUAUGGACACCUCUUUGCAAUCGACGAUCUCAGUACCCGCUGCUACCUCACGACGACUCUCAUCCGUUGGGCAAUAUAAGAAGAGAUUAUUGCAAAAAUAUCAGGAAGAGCAAGAGGAGCGGCAAGCGUCAAAACAACGUAGCAGUAGCAGUCCUCCGCCGAGUACCACCGAGUCCGAAAUUGACGAUUCCGAUCUGCGCAGCGUCAGCAGACUCGCUUCACGGCAACCUACUAUUGAAGAACCUCCUCCAUCGCCUCCUCAUGAACUAACCCGAGAAAAUGUAAUGUUGUACCGUAUUUCAAUGGUUUCAGUCAAUCUGUGCUAUCAGUCGAGUGUGCAAAUUCCCUGCAGAGUACGGUGGAUGUUGCCUGGUGGGCUUGGUGCAGGACCUGUGAAAGGUGCUACGUUGUGGCGGCGAAGUCGUUCAGAAUCGGACGUAAGCCGUAACCUCACCACGGGACCAUUUGUCUGCGCCACUUGUGGACAGGCGUUUGCCCUACACGAUCGUUUGGCGAAGCACAUUGCAUCACGGCAUCGAGACCGGUCGGCAUCAGCUCUUGCCGAUGCGGAUGGUUCGAAAUCCCAUAAGUGUACUGUGUGCAACAAAAGUUUCGGAAGAAGUGACAUGCUUACGAGGCAUAUGCGUCUCCAUACUGGAUUGAAGCCGUACAGCUGUCAGCUAUGCGGGGGAAGUUUUCAAGGAGUCGGAUCAUCUCAGCACGCAUCAGCGAACGCACACCGGAGAAAAACCCUAUCAGUGUCCUUUAUGCCAAUAUGCGGCGGUAAGCUACUUGAUAUCACCUUGACCUCUUUGUUUUAUACUUAUAAUCAACAAAAACGCAAACCACUUCAU